AUGCAAUCUCAUCUAACGAGACGGGUCUUCCGGGCAAUUAUCAACAACGAACCACUUCGCUAUUCGCAAUGCCACCGAACCCGCCUACUACACACAAUUACACCUGCGCGUGUACGAACUGCCAUCCCUGGCCUUCCUUAUACCUCGCGGCGCAACAUCUUUGUCUUUACCUCAGACCCUGAGCGCACACCAACCACUUUGCCCUCCGAAAAGGGCCUGAAACCAAUGGCAGAUCUCAUGAGGGCACUUAAAGAUAGAAGCCGAACUCCCCCGGCAGAUAUUCUCGCGAAAGCAUUCCAAACUUUCUUUACAAUGCGGCUGGAAAACCCGAUGCUCAUCAGCCAUUUCCAAGCUCGCGCGUUGAUCGUCACCUUCAAGCAUUUAAGGUCCCAGCAGGACGAGAUGGAGGAAAGUGACUGGCAGAAUGUCUUCUCGACCGAGAAUCUUGAAAAAGUCCUGGAUGUGCUCUCUGAGUCUGAGUGUGCCCCGCAGGCUCGUGAAGUUGUUAUGAACCUGGCUCGAUACGCAUAUCAAGAACUUAACCUUGAUCACGGAUUCGGUCCAGGGAAGAUCAGCCGGCCAGCGCUCAGUCUAUAUAUCAAUAUCUUGGCUAUGAAUGGCAACCCGGAGGAUGCCAGACAUACGUUGUUGAAGUUUUGGGGCCAAAUGAGCAAGGUUACCCCGUCGCCAUGGCUCACGAUUUUGAAAGGAUUUGCCAUGAAGAACGACCUGCGACAGGUACGGAAGAUUGUGGAUGAGUGGGGCAAUCAUGGCAACAAGUUCGACCAAGCCUCGCAUGAAGAGCUAGUGAAAUUCCUCAUCGAUCACAAUCAGUUGAAGGCGGCUCAAACCGUCUACGACUACCCAAUCGCUGAUGGCUCGCAGCCCUCCAUGGCCGCGAGUGAGGCUCUCAUCAAACAUUAUCUGUUGAACUCUCGCUUGGAGUCGGCUGAGGGAAUCUUUAACUCUCUCCCGGACGAACCCAACGAAGAAACCGCUAGUAUUAUUUUGCUCAUGGCUGCCGCCAAGGGUAGCAACGCAUCUGCUCUUGCGCAAAAGGUUGAUUCAUGGACUGCAAAGAAUCCUCAGAUCAAGGAAGCCAUCACCAUUGACAUCGUCAACGAUCUUCUUCAGUACGCCAAUGCCUUGCAAAAUCCGCAGCUGGCUUCUGAUUUCAUGACGCUGGCAGACCAAUGGGGUCUCAUCCCAGAUAGCCAAACCUACAUCUUGCAAUUAGAGUCUCGUAUUCAAGCCGGCGAUGUCGAACAGACACUGAAGGUUCUUGAAGAAGAUGUCGACGCCACUUCCCUCACAAGCGACAAUCUGCCAGUCGCAAAUAAGCUCAUUGCAAUGCUCUGUCGAUCCGAGGAAAAGGACGCCUUAUUCAACCAGAUCUCCUCCCUCCUCGACCCCCUUUUCCAAGACAACGUGCACCUGGAAUCAGCCACCAUCGCCGCAUUAACCCACAUGCUCCUCUACCGCCACGACCUCGAGGCCGUCUCCGAGCUCCUCCGUCCCCGACUAGGCAGCUACAGCGACGAAGAAAAGAUCCCAAUCCGCGACGCCCUCGCCGAAUUCAUCACCGACAAAACCCAAUCCGACACAGACGCCUGGAACGCCUACGAGCUCCUGAAAAUCGCCUUCCCAGAGACCCCCGUCUCAAUCCGCACAAAAAUCAUGACCUCCUUCUUCAACCGCCACCGCAGCGACCUCGCCGUCCUAGUCUUCGGCCACAUGCGCCAAGCCGACGAACCCUCUCGCCGUCCUAGACAAGACACCUACGCGCGCUGUUUCCAGGGCCUGGCGCGCACAGCAGAUGCCACAAACCUGGAGCUUGUGCACAACAUGCUGAAGCUGGAUCUCGAAGUCGAUCUCAACACGAGGAUUCAGAAUGGUCUGAUGAUGGCGUAUGCCGCCUGCGAAAUGCCGGAAAAAUCCAUGGAGAUCUUCCGCCAGAUCCUGCAGUCGGAGGAAGGUCCCUGUCACAAGACUAUUACUAUUUUCUUCAAGGCGUGCCAGAAACAUCAUAAUGGUGCUCAGGAGGCUAUUAAGAUGAUGUCCAAGGUGAAGAAGCUGGAGAUCACGAUGAAUCGUCCUCUUUACUCGGCGUAUAUGGAGGCGUUGGCCGCGCAGUGCGAGUUCGAUUUGGCUGUUGAGGCUAUCCGGAAUAUGGAGGCGGAGACUGGAAUGGCUCCUACGAGUAAUACUAUUGGGUUGUUCUAUAACGCUAUUCCGUAUCAGUACUGGAAAGAUGAGGUCGAGAAGUGGGCAAGCCAGACUUAUCCUGAGCAUUGGGAUCAUCUGAUGAAAAUGAAGCGCGUUGAGCGCGAGGAGGGACUUGAAUUCGAGGGCAUCUCGAAUGAUGUGUCAGUGUAA